AUGUUAAUUGGUUCUGGGAGUUUGAGUCUAACAGAUCUCACUAUCCUGUAUGACACAAUCAAAGUUACCGGACAUCUUGGCUUCAAAUCCAGUAUUGUACUUCCAACUUUACAAAGAAUUGAAGAACACGAAGUGUCUAAAUUGUCAUGGUACAGACAGUUCCUCUUGAAGCUAGGAAUGGCACUGACUAAAGCUGAUAUAGUAGCACUUGAUGUACGAUAUAACAUACCGUUGUUAAAGAAGUAUAAAGAUAGCUGGUAUUUGAUUCUAGAUCUAGAGCAAAGGAAUGAGCUUUGUGAAGAAAAAAUUGAUGAUUUCAUUGAAGGAUUACCAAGUGACAAAGCUCUGAAAGCUUUACUGGAACUUGAAGUGUACAAGAGAGCAGUCAGUAAGCAAGAGGGUGAAACAUACACAUCUUACUACAACCGUUUGAAAGAGAAUAUUAGACAGUCAAACAU